AUGGAAGAAAACAAGACAAAUAGUCCUUCAGAUCAAAGCGGACACACUCAAGUCAUCGAGCCCCAUUCACAGCAACACAACAACACGGGAGGACCACUUGCUGCGGCAGCUAGGGACCAUGGCACUCUACCAACCAGCAACGACUCCAAAGAGAUACACACAAGUGACGAUGGGCAAGAUCGUGGAUUUCGAAGGAUCAUAAGAAAUUUCACUCCUUCAUGGUUCAUCAUUACCAUGAGCACCGGUGUGCUAUCAAUCAUGCUCCACCAAUUGCCCUACAACGGACACUGGCUUCGCGUCAUCUCUGUCAUUUUCUUCGUCGUCAACCUCGUCCUCUUCUUGACUUUUACGGCAUUGUCGACACUGCGCUACACUCUCUAUCCUCGUCUCUUCCUGGCAGUCCUCAAACAUCCCCACCAAAGCCUGUUCCUCGCCACCUUCCCCGUUGGGCUUGCAACUCUGGUGAACAUGACCGUUUUGGUGUGUGCACCGGAAUGGGGACACGGUCUCGCAAUAUUGGCGUGGGUUCUGUGGUGGAUAGUUGCCGUGCUGGCGCUGACCACCUGCUUCCACUUGACCUUUGUCAUCAUGACACAUCGAAGAGGCAAGCUGGAAGAGAUGACGGCUCUCUACCUGAUCCCCAUUGUCGCAGUAGUCAUCGCCGCGACCUCUGGAGGCCUCGUCGCGGGUGCCAUCCCAAACCCCCAGCAUCAACUUUGGACUCUCGUCAUAAGUUACAUCUUGUGGGGAGUCGGGUCGCCGCUAUCCUGGAUCACCCUAACUAUAUACUUCCUCCGAAUGACUUUGCACAAACCCUUGAAGCGCGAAGUCAUUGUCUCCCUUCUCCUCCCAAUCGGUCCUUUAAGCCUCUCGGGGUUUUCGAUCAUUGUGUUGAGCAAGGUUGCAAAACACCUCUUCCUGACGACUCACACCCUCCCACAUCUAAGUGAGACGUCUCCAGGGGAAGUGCUUUAUAUCAUAAGCUUCUUCGUCGGCCUCAUUCUUUGGGGAUUCUCGAUCGUCUGGUUCAUCGUCGCGGUGAUGAUGGUGGCCACCUCUGGUCGAUUCCCGUUCAACAUGGGAUGGUGGGGUUUUAUCUUUCCUGUCGGCGUGUUUACACUCCUAACAAUCACGAUUGGGGAAGAGCUUGAGUCUAGAUUCUUCAAGAUUCUCUCGUGCGUUCUGACCGCGGCCUGUGUAGCCAUGUGGCUGGUAAUCGCUUCGAUGACCCUGCAGCGCUCAAUUAAAGGAACGAUGUUCUACGCUCCGUGCUUGGGAACGGAUCUCUAUGGGAAAAGAACCAAGGAACACCCCCAGGCUGCGCACAAGGAGAAGGUAUGA